AUGGCCGACGUGCUGACGAACGGCGGAGAAGGUGUUCAAUCGACCAGAAUUCCCAUCUGGCGCCUGAUUUUCGAUCAAGGUUGCGUUUCUCAGCACAUCAUCGACGCCAAGUACAAUGGCACUGGCACUGAAGAAGACCCUUAUCAGGUCUCGUGGCUGGACGACGAUGAACGAAAUCCCAUGAAGUACUCUGAGGUAGGCAAAUGGCUCAUCAUGCUCCUAGUAGGAGUUGUGACAAUGGCAGUAGCGCUCGUGUCGUCUGCCUACUCAGGGAGUAUCAAUGAGAUUAUACUGGACUUCCAUGUCAGUGAAGAUGUCUCUCUCCUGGGUAUAUCAAUGUUCGUCAUCGGAUUCGCCGUCGGCCCCCUUGUUUGGGCACCUCUGAGCGAGAUCUAUGGUCGGCGACACAUCAUGAUCGUCAACGCCAUCGGCCUGACAGCGUUCACAGCAGGUUCUGCCGGAUCGAAAGAUAUCUGGACAUUGAUCAUUCUUCGCAUUUUUGCCGGCAGUCUGGGCUCUGGCCCACUCGCAGUCUCGGGCGGUGUCAUCGCAGACACAUUUCCCGAUAUCAGUCGCGGUCUCGCGAGUGGUCUGUACUGCGCUGCACCUUUCCUGGGCCCGACACUCGGCCCUAUUAUCGGUGGCUUCUUAUCUGAGGCUUCAGGGUGGCGUUGGGUCGAGGGCCUUCUCGCAGCAUUUGCUGGCGUCUUGGGGAUUGUCACUAUCUUUACGUUGCCCGAGACGUAUGCACCGGUCCUGUUGCAGAAGCGUGCAGAACGGCUGUCUGCCAUCACGGGCCACGUUUAUCGCAGCAAAAUCGAGAUUGAACAAGGCAAGAAGCAUCCUGUGACAGUGUUGAAAACUGCUCUCUGUCGCCCGUGGGUGUUGCUAUUCCGGGAGCCUAUUGUCCUGCUCUUGUCCACCUAUCUUUCCAUCAUCUAUGGCAUCCUGUACCUGAUGUUCGCAGCUGUGCCGAUCGUGUACCAAGUCGAACGCGGCUGGAGCGAAGGGAAGACCGGUCUCGCCUUUCUGGGAAUCCUCGUCGGCAUCCUGCUGUCAGUGCUGGCUACAUUCCCACAAUACAAACGGUACAAGAAGAUGGUUCUCGCCACUCUUCCUGGUCGUGUUGCCCCCGAGGAGCGUCUCCCUGAUUCCUACUGGGGCGCCAUCGCUCUUCCAAUCGGUCUCUUCUGGUUCGCCUGGACCAACUCCCCCUCAAUCCACUGGAUGGCUUCCAUCGCCGCGGGAGUGCCAUUCGGCUUCGGCAUGGUGUUGGUCUUCAUGCCCGUCCUCAACUAUUUAGUCGAUGCGUAUACAAUAUAUGCCGCGUCCGUCUUGGCUGCCAGUUCUGCACUGAGGUCUGUCUUUGGUGCUGCGUUCCCUCUGUUCACGUCGGUCAUGUACGAGAACCUUGGUAUUCACUGGGCUUCUUCUAUUCCGGCUUUCCUGGCUCUCGUAUGCGUGCCGAUUCCGUUUUUGUUCUAUCGGUACGGUCCGGUUAUUCGGAGGCGUUGUCACUAUGCGGCCCAAUCGGAGGCAUUCAUUGAGAAGAUGGCCAGGAAGGCCGUAAGUCCAAAGGAGCAAGCUGGUAAAGAGGAAACAAGCGAUGUUUCCAAAUGA